AUGUCCGUCGAAUGUUUGGGCAGUCGGGAUUGGCUUGGAAAUUAUGUAAAGCUUAAUGUUGGGGGAUCCCUCUUCUACACCACCAUUUCAACUCUCACUCGUGAAGAUAGUAUGCUCAAAGCCUUGUUUAGUGGACGUAUGGAUGUCAAAACUGAUGAUGACGGCUGGGUUCUGUUGGAUCGUAGUGGGAAACAUUUUCAUCUUAUUCUCAACUAUCUUCGAGAUGGAUCCAUUCCUCUGCCAGAUUCUCGUCAAGAUCUUGAAGAACUCCUAAUCGAAACCUGUUUCUACUGCCUGGAGGGGCUGAGACGAGCAUGCGAAGAGAAACUGGAAAAAAUGGCCGCUGAAGAAUCGCAGGAGAAACCUAACGCUGCCAGCAUCUACAUUGUCAAGUAUCCUAAAGUCACAAAGGCCCUAUUUGCCUCAACUAAGCAGCCCAUCGUCAAAUUAACGAUGAAUAGAUACAACAAUGUCUUCUCCUAUACCAACAAUUCUCAUGACAACCUACUACGCAACAUUGAAUGCCUUGAGAAAUACGCCUUGAUGUUUGCCGACCGGGUAGUUUUCAUCAAAGACGUUCGCGACAAGUGUGAACAGAAUGAGAUUUGUGAGUGGGGCUUUUACUGGCGUUGUCACAAACUCAAGAGCAUCGAUUGCAUUGCCAUCCACUACUCUUCAGAGAAGCGUCUCAUCAAGGUGGAGUUUCCCGAGUCCAAAAUCCACGAAGAGAUGCUUUUUCUACUCUCCAUUUCUGAUCGAGACAUGACAGAUGCAGAGAUUCUUGACGUUGCAAUUUGUCGCGGAAGUGCAGCAGGUUUAGGUCUCACUUCUACCGCAGCUAAUGUUCCUGUAGUUGUAACAGAGCCUGAAGAAUCUUCUGCAAAUGUUAUCCAUGAAGGAACUGAUGCACCUAAUACCUCAUUUUCCUCCUCACUCACAUCUUCAUCUCGUAGUGGUGGAACUGGGGGCCAAAGAAGAGGCGAGGAUGCGGAUAUUCAGCGGUCAGGUAAUCGUUCGGCUACACUAGUUCCCUCGUUUCAGUCAUCUUCUUCCCUUGGAGUUUCACCUUCAUCCUCCACUCAGAAUGCGGAGUCAACUUCAUCACGAAGUGGUGCAAUGACGUCGGCGUUUUUGAUUGGCUCUCAUCAUUGGGGAUCUAGACGCUGA